GCAGACGACAACAGUGUUGAUGUCAAACCUGUGGAGUGUGGCCUUAUAUAUUGCUUUUUAUAGUCCUCAUGGCCUCUAACACCUAUUACCACUCUCUCAUCAUCAUCCUCACCUAUCUGGCCACCACCUAUGGCCUGGGGGAGGUUAUAUAUGCCGUUAAUGCAGGUGGUGAUGCACACAUUGAUGUUUAUGGUGUGAGGUAUGAGAAGGACCCCCUGACUGGUAAAGUGGGCACAGCUUCGGACUUCGGCAAGCAAUUGGUUAUUGGAAGAGUGCCACCUGGUGAUCAGGUGCUGUAUCAGACUGAAAGGUAUCACCAUUCAACUUUUGGAUAUGAAAUUCCUCUCAAAGGUGACGGAGACUACGUUCUUGUUCUUAAAUUUUCAGAGGUGUACUUCAAUGCACUAGAUCAGAAGGUAUUUGAUGUUGUAAUGAACAACGAUAUUACAGUAGUUCCGGCACUUGACAUCUUCGGCAGAGUAGGCAGAGGCGUGGCUCAUGACGAGUAUGUUCCUUUCACAAUUCUCUCCAACACACUUAUAGUUGGGGGUCAAGAGAGUCCACUCAGAAGUAGCAAAGUCAAGGUUGACUUUGUCAAGGGUUACAAAGAUAAUCCGAAAGUCAAUGCAAUUUUUGUAAUCAAGGGAAGAUUAGAUGAUGUGCCCAAGCUGCCGCCUUUACCCAGGGAAGAGGAUCUUGAUAGUGAUGUAGAGGAGCCCCGGCCGAGUGCAAACUUGCCUAACAGUAAUAACCAAAACAACAAACAGUCACAGACUAUGAAGCGCCGACCCAGCGGUCCUCGCACUCCCGACCCCUAUGCCUUGGAUGACACUAGUUCUAUGCUACCCGUUUUUGUUGCUAUAGGGGCCGCUAUUCCCAUUCUCUUUUGUCUGUGUAAACUGUGAUGAAAGUACUGUAUAUAUUUAUAUUUUCCAGAGCAAAGUGAUUUACUUUGGUUUUUUUAAGGACUUUCUCUUGUAUCCUAAUACCUCUGUUCAAAAAUAAAUUUUGGAAAUUAUAUUCAUAAGAAUGUAUUUGAUGAUAUCAGAAAAAGAUGGCUUUUUAAAGUUGUAAAUCAUUCAGUAUUGUUAAACUAAAAAUAUUAGUAGCCAAACAUGCCAGUAUUAAGUAAAUAAUAAGUACCUGGGGUUUUAGAUUCAUGGAAAAUUAGGAGGGAUUUAGCACCAAUUGUUUUGGUAUUUUUUUGACAUUAAUUUUUAAUUAAACAGAGAUUCAUCAAUGAGCCGGAGGUAGGGGAUACUUUGCCAUUAUCUUACUAGUCUAUGUGGUGCUCACAACUCAUCUACUGCAACAAGAAAAGUGAUAAAUUAGACACAUGUGCAACACUUGGGUAUCCUGUCAUAUAGGACUGAUGAAGCCACACAGUGGCUUCAUCAGUCCUAUACAAAGGUGAAUGGUGAAGAUCAGGAGUAGUUUGAGGUAGUCAGUCCCUCAGCCUGGAGUUGAUGUAAUCAGUCCAUCAGUCUUGAAAAGAUUGAGGGGCUGAUUAUCUCAAACUCCUCCUGAUCUUCACCAUUCUCCCUUGUAUAGGACUGAUGAAGCCACUGUGUGUCAAAACAUUUCCUCAGUAUAGAUACUCAAGUCUAGGUAGUAGGUUGGUAGACAGCAACCGCCCAGGGAGGUACUACCGUCCUGCCAAGUGAGUGUAAAACGAAAGCCUGUAAUUGUUUUACAUGAUGGUAGGAUUGCUGGUGUCCUUUUUUUCUGUCUCAUAAACAUGCAAGAUUUCAGGUACGUCUUGCUACUUCUACUUACACUUAGGUCACACUACACAUGCAUGUACAAGCAUAUAUAUGUAUAUAUACACAUCCCUCUGGGUUUUCUUCUAUUUUCUUUCUAGUUCUUGUUGUUGUUUAUUUCCUCUUAUCUCCAUGGGGAAGUGGAACAGAAUUCUUCCUCCGUAAGCCAUGCGUGUUGUAAGAGGCGACUAAAAUGCCAGGAGCAAGGGGCUAGUAACCCCUUCUCCCGUAUAAAUUACUAAAUUUAAAAAGAGAAACUUUCGUUUUUCUUUUUGGGCCACCCUGCCUUGGUGGGAUACGGCCGGUUUGUUGAAAAAAAAAAAAAGAUACUCGGGUGUUGCAUAUGUUUCUGAUUUAUCAACUUGUUGGUUCUCUGAACCAUUUAUCUACAACAAGGAAGUUUGUGGGUGACCCAUUAUUUUGUUUUAAUUGUAAGUGAGAAAUUAACCAAAGAUUGCUUUGUUCUUUCGAACAGAGGUGAAAGUCUUUCUUGGGAUCCAAGUUGUGUGGUAUGUGCACAUCUUAGCUUUUAUUGAUAGGUAAUGGAGAACAUAUAAUGUUUUUAUCACCCUUCCCAAUGCAUUUAUUCUUAAGGCAUUUUGGAAAAUUAUUUAUAUUCGGUCCUUCAUCACAAAAAAUGCACAUUAAGUUAAAUGUGGUUAUCCAUGCACCCCUUCUACCUUCACUUUUGUGUAGAUUGAGGGGAUUUGUUCAGUUGUAAUGGCACAAAAUGUAAAUCUGGGAGCUCGGGGCUCAUCCGUUCCUUGAAAAAGUUAGUUAUUUAUUACGAUUUUUUUGAUACAUAAGGAUGACAUUUGCUUGUACAGUAUUUUUAUACAACUUAUUCAUUUCUUCUGUCCAGGUUUCCGGUAGAGAAUGAGAUAAGCUGUGAAGUAUUGCUGUUCUAUAUUGCGUCCAUUUCUUAAGAUAAGUGGCUUAGCGUGUAACCAAGAAACCUUGGACUAGAUGUGAAUUUUCUUGCUAAAUGACUAAAAGUUUUUAUAGUUGUAUUUAAUUUUGCUCUAUUUUUUCUGAAUUUUUAUGGUUAUUUGUUUACUGAAUGUUUACUUUGUGUGGGCUUUGAAUGCCCAGUGGGAGGGUGAAGGUCGGUUUGAUAAAAUAUUGAAGCUAAAAUGUGACAUACAAAUGGAUGUAGGGAACAAUUUUGUCCAGAUGGAAACUUCAUGGCUUUUACCAGAGUACGUCUUAAACUGGUGGACCACAAGCCAGCUCCACGGACAACAUAUAACACUGCACAGGUUGUAAAUGUGUUGAGUUAGUUCUUCGGCAGUACAGUGUUGUGGGAAUUUAGAUAUUGUAGAUACCAGCUAUCUCUCAUACACAUAACUGCUUACUUUAAACUGUACAGUAAUCUCUUUCUUAUUCAGAAUAAUGCACACAAUGGGGUAUCCCACUUCAACAUAGCCUAAUUUCAUACAGUGCAUUUUUUUUAUAUAUUUCUCAUCUAUUAUAAACAUUUUUUAUUUACAAACUUUUAUUGGUUAAGUUAGGUUGCAUUAACAUAGAAAAAAUAGCAAGUUACAAAGAAAAUGUCUGGCAGUGAGAUGUGUCAGUGAAACUGUAGAAAAAACCAUACCACCCGUGGUAUGGUUUUUUCAAUUCCCACCCGUGGGGAUUGAACUCGUGGUGAGUGAGUCGUUAAAUUCCAGGCCAGCGUGUGAUAUGGUUUGUUUGCAAUUGUGGCAUUAUGAUAUUGUCAGUCUUGAAACUGUAAACUAUAAGGACUUUAAGGGCAGGUUGCCUAAUUUAGAGAAUGUUCCAUAUAUUAAAAACCACACACCAUCUGACCUCUAAACAAAUAAAAAUUACUAUGAAAAUAGACUUUCUAACUUAAAAUAUGAAACUUUUGCUCUUCUUAAAAAACAGUAUUAGGAUCAUUCACAUUUUGCUUACACUAUUUAUGGGAUUCCACACCAAAAAAGAAAAACUGAAUAAGUGCGAGAUUACUGUAGCUAAUUUUUCCAUCUACAGUACAGCCUCUCCUCACUUAGCGACAUACUUGUUUACCGAUGACUCGGACAGUCGAGCUCUCUGACCAGUAUGCAUACCUAAAUAAAGUAUGUUAGAGCUGAUUUUCUCUAUUCUGUUUAUUACAAUAUAUAGUACACUACUGUAUAAACAUUUAAAAAAUAGUAUACUGAAAAUGUUAUAAAUGGUGCAAAGGUGACAUUAAAACAACAUCAAAGAUGGUUGACACAAACCCACUACCAUUAUAGUAUGCUCCUCACUUAGUGACGAAUUUGUUUACUGACGUGGUCUUAAGAACGGAACUCCUUCGUUAAGUGAGGAGAGGCUGCAUUCCCAUUAGACUGAAAAUAUAUAACACAGCUAUGAUUCUCUUGGCUGAGUGGCAUAUUAGCAGUAAUUUGUAUUUGUUUAAUAUAACCUUGGUUUUGAAAGUUAUUCAUCAUUGACUCUUUACUGUAGUUUUUCAGAAAGAUAUAUUUUUAUUAAAUAUUAUGUAGGUGUUCUCAGUUCAUGUUAUUUAUAUUAUUUAUAUUGAAAUGUGUGUUACAUGAUGUGCACUAAGCAGGCUAAUGAAAUGCAUGUAUGGAGAUUAUCUGUGGAAUAUUUUGUUUGAGACUCGCGUUGUUUUCCUCGCCUUCCUUAUACAUGUUAAGAAUCUUGAAUGAUAAUAUCCUGAAUUGGCAAAAUGGGAAUUUUAAUACACGUAUGAGUCUUGACUUACGAUGAGGUUAUAUUCCAACAAACCCAUCAUAAGUUGAAAAUACUGGAAGUCGAAUGUGAUUUUUUUUUUUUUUUUUUUUAACAUGUCUGCCAUUUUCUACCAAGGCAGGGUGAUCCAAGAAAGAACAUAAUCACUGUCUUUGCAGAGGCGCUUAGAUACGACAGUUUAGAUGUCACUCCAAAUAGCCAAUAUCCCAAACCCCUCUUUUAAAGUGCAGGCAUUGUACUUCCCACCUCCAGGACUCAGGUCCAGCUAACUGGUUUCCCUGAAUCCUUUCACAAAUUAUUACCCUGUUCACACUGAAUAAGUAAAUAAAUAAUUACUGUAAAUAACUAAAUACCAGUAUUGAGAAGUAAAUAAAUGAAUACAAGUUACAGACUUGCCGCCUUCAUGCUGGGUAAUUAUCUUAAGCUUCCCUGCCAAAGUAAUUGCUUCUGAACCACCGUUCAUCGAGGAGCACCUGUAUGUGAUUAAAAACAAGUUGGGAAAGAUGUAUCUAGGGUCAGACCUGCCAGCCUCUUGUUUGUGAAUUUGUAACCAUACCGACUAGGCCAUGGUGUCUUUAAAAACUUAAAGCACCAUGACCUUGUCAAAUGUACAAUAAUUGUAUAUUUGGAGUGACCAUGGUCUCAGAACCAUGCAUUUUGUCUUUCCAACUAGUCAGUAUAGGUGUGGGCACUGAAAUGUGAUGCUGUCAGUUCUAUUCCCAAUACUCUUCAUUACUGAAUUUCAUUUAUAUUAAAUUUUCAAUGGUGUACCAGAAUAUUCCUUCAUCGUAAAUCAGUAUAAUGUGCUCGGUCAUCUCUCCCAAGGAUAAACAAGUGGCCCUCGUGUUUAAAUUUCUUAUGACUUGACUUGUCCUGCUGCUCGAUUGAUUAUCUUAAAAUUUGUAGAACGAGUUGUCUACAAUUUCAAGCAUGAAAAGUGAGAAGCGUGGAAUUCCGGUAGAUCCUAUAAAUUAUUUUUAAUUUAUAUCCUAGGGCACCUGUACUUAAUAAAAUAAUUAAUUUUAAUAUAUGCCAUGUAACACUUCCUUAUAUGUAAGUUUUGGGAAUAAACAGAUUUUUUGGAGACACUUAAGUUAGUGCACACAUAUGGGACUUGUACUUGAGACAUUUUAUGUUACUUUUGAGAAAAGAGUGAAAGAAUUUACAUGAUUAUUUAGGCCUAUUGUUAACAGGAUAAUGUGUAAAUGAUUUAUUUUGCACAGGAUUUUUACAUUAAUAACAAACCUAUUCAUAUAUAGAGCAGUAAUAUUUAUUUAUUCUGGCAAGUCAUAUAGUAUACAUAUUAAAAGCAUUAACAAGUUGAGCAUUAAUUCUUGUGGCACCGACUGAUCACAUUUCCUAUUCAAGUCAUUUUUAUCUCUAUUUGGGUUUGGCAUUAGUGAUGAUCAUAAUCUCUGUUCAUCGAUUUCAUUUUCGGUUCUUGCACGCACUCAUUAAAUGUUUUGAAGUUUUCAGAGUAUUUCAUAAGAGACUAUCUAAAGGUUAAAAACUAAAUAAACAGAAUGGGUUUAUCCACCAUUUAUUUGAAUAAUGUCUGUGACUAUUAUAGUAGUUAAAUAAUUUGUCACAGAGUAGUCCAUUCUUCUAAUCAAAAUCCAAGAUUUAAUAAAAAAAAUUUGCUUUCAGUACAUUCACAGUUUUCCAUUUGCCUUCAGGUUUACUUUGUAACAAAAUCUAAAAGUGUUCAGAGUGGAUAGCUUAGUUUUUCUGAGAAUUCCUUUACAACCCAAGGUGCUCUCUCAUCUGGUUUGCCUGCUUUUUCUUUAACAUCCAGUAUAUUUAUUAUUAUUUUAUUUUAUUAUCACACUGGCCGAUUCCCACCAAGGCAGGGUGGCCCGAAAAAGAAAAACUUUCACCAUCACUCACUCCAUCACUGUCUUGCCAGAAGGGUGCUUUACACUACAGUUUUUAAACUGCAACAUUAACACCCCUCCUUCAGAGUGCAGGCACUGUACUUCCCAUCUCCAGGACUCAAGUCCGGCCUGCCGGUUUCCCUGAACCCCUUCAUAAAUGUUACUUUGCUCACACUCCAACAGCACGUCAAGUAUUAAAAACCAUUCGUCUCCAUUCACUCCUAUCAAACACGCUCACGCACGCCUGCUGGAAGUCCAAGCCCCUCGCACACAAAACCUCCUUUACCCCCUCCCUCCAACCUUUCCUAGGCCGACCCCUACCCUGCCUUCCUUCCACUACAGACUGAUACACUCUUGAAGUCAUUCUGUUUCGCUCCAUUCUCUACAUGUCCGAACCACCUCAACAACUCUUCCUCAGCCCUCUGGACAACAGUUUUGGUAAUCCCGCACCUCCUCCUAACUUCCAAACUACGAAUUCUCUGCAUUAUAUUCACACCACACAUUGCCCUCAGACAUGACAUCUCCACUGCCUCCAGCCUUCUCCUCGCUGCAACAUUCAUCACCCAUGCUUCACACCCAUAUAAGAGCGUUGGUAAAACUAUACUCUCAUACAUUCCCCUCUUUGCCUCCAAGGACAAAGUUCUUUGUCUCCACAGACUCCUAAGUGCACCACUCACUCUUUUUCCCUCAUCAAUUCUAUGAUUCACCUCAUCUUUCAUAGACCCAUCCGCUGACACGUCCACUCCCAAAUAUCUGAAUACAUUCACCUCCUCCAUACUCUCUCCCUCCAAUCUGAUAUUCAAUCUUUCAUCACCUAAUCUUUUUGUUAUCCUCAUAACCUUACUCUUUCCUGUAUUCACCUUUAAUUUUCUUCUUUUGCACACCCUACCAAAUUCAUCCACCAAUCUCUGCAACUACUCUUCAGAAUCUCCCAAGAGCACAGUGUCAUCAGCAAAGAGCAGCUGUGACAACUCCCACUUUGUGUGUGAUUCUUUAUCUUUUAACUCCACGCCUCUUGUCAAGACCCUCGCAUUUACUUCUCUUACAACCCCAUCUAUAAAUAUAUUAAACAACCACAGUGACAUCACACAUCCUUGUCUAAGGCCUACUUUUACUGGGAAAUAAUUUCCCUCUUUCCUACAUACUCUAACUUGAGCCUCACUAUCCUCGUAAAAACUCUUCACUGCUUUCAGUAACCUACCUCCUACACCAUACACUUGCAACAUCUGCCACAUUGCCCCCCUAUCCACCCUGUCAUACGCCAUUUCCAAAUCCAUAAAUGCCACAAAGACCUCUUUAGCCUUAUCUAAAUACUGUUCACUUAUAUGUUUCACUGUAAACACCUGGUCCACACACCCCCUACCUUUCCUAAAGCCUCCUUGUUCAUCUGCUAUCCUAUUCUCCGUCUUACUCUUAAUUCUUUCAAUAAUAACUCUACCAUACACUUUACCAGGUAUACUCAGCAGACUUAUCCCCCUAUAAUUUUUGCACUCUCUUUUAUCCCCUUUGCCUUUAUACAAAGGAACUAUGCAUGCUCUCUGCCAAUCCCUAGGUACCUUACCCUCUUCCAUACAUUUAUUAAAUAAUUGCACCAACCACUCCAAAACUAUAUCCCCACCUGCUUUUAACAUUUCUAUCUUUAUCCCAUCAAUCCCGGCUGCCUUACCCCCUUUCAUUUUACCUACUGCCUCACGAACUUCCCCCACACUCACAACUGGCUCUUCCUCACUCCUACAAGAUGUUAUUCCUCCUUGCCCUAUACACGAAAUCACAGCUUCCCUAUCUUCAUCAACAUUUAACAAUUCCUCAAAAUAUUCCCUCCAUCUUCCCAAUACCUCUAACUCUCCAUUUAAUAACUCUCAUCUCCUAUUUUUAACUGACAAAUCCAUUUGUUCUCUAGGCUUUCUUAACUUGUUAAUCUCACUCCAAAACUUUUUCUUAUUUUCAACAAAAUUUGUUGAUAACAUCUCACCCACUUUCUCAUUUGCUCUCUUUUUACAUUGCUUCACCACUCUCUUAACCUCUCUCUUUUUCUCCAUAUACUCUUCCCUCCUUGCAUCACUUCUACUUUGUAAAAACUUCUCAUAUGCUAACUUUUUCUCCCUUACUACUCUCUUUACAUCAUCACUCCACCAAUCGCUCCUCUUCCCUCCCGCACCCACUUUCUUGUAACCACAAACUUCUGCUGAACACUCUAACACUACAUUUUUAAACUUACCCCAUACCUCUUCAACCCCAUUGCCUAUGCUCUCAUUAGCCCAUCUAUCCUCCAAUAGCUGUUUAUAUCUUACCCUAACUGCCUCCUCUUUUAGUUUAUAAACCUUCACCUCUCUCUUACCUGAUGCUUCUAUUCUCCUUGUAUCCCAUCUACCUUUUACUCUCAGUGUAGCUACAACUAGAAAGUGAUCUGAUAUAUCUGUGGCCCCUCUAUAAACAUGUACAUCCUGAAGUCUACUCAACAGUCUUUUAUCUACCAAUACAUAAUUCAACAAACUACUGUCAUUUCGCCCUACAUCAUAUCUUGUAUACUUAUUUAUCCUCUUUUUCUUAAAAUAUGUAUUACCUAUAACUAAACCCCUUUCUAUACAGAGUUCGAUCAUAGGGCUCCCAUUAUCAUUUACACCUGGCACCCCAAACUUACCUACCACACCCUCUCUAAAAGUUUCUCCUACUUUAGCAUUCAGGUCCCCUACCACAAUUACUCUCUCACUUGGUUCAAAGGCUCCUAUACAUUCACUUAACAUCUCCCAAAAUCUCUCUCUCUCCUCUGCAUUCCUCUCUUCUCCAGGUGCAUACACGCUUAUUAUGACCCACUUCUCGCAUCCAACCUUUACUUUAAUCCACAUAAUUCUUGAAUUUACACAUUCAUAUUCUCUUUUCUCCUUCCAUAACUGAUCAUUUAACAUUACUGCUAUCCCUUCCUUUGCUCUAACUCUCUCAGAUACUCCAGAUUUAAUCCCAUUUAUUUCCCCCCACUGAAACUCUCCUACCCCCUUCAGCUUUGUUUCGCUUAGGGCCAGGACAUCCAACUUCUUUUCAUUCAUAACAUCAGCAAUCAUCUGUUUCUUGUCAUCCGCACUACAUCCACGCACAUUUAAGCAUCCCAGUUUUAUAAAGUUUUUCUUCUUCUCUUUUUUAGUAAGGGUCUACAGGAGAAGGGGUUACUAGCCCAUUGCUCCCGGCAUUUUAGUCGCCUCAUACGACACGCAUGGCUUACGGAGGAAAGAUUCUUUUCCACUUCCCCAUGGACAAUAGAAGAAAUAAAGAAGGACAAGAGCUAUUUAGAAAAAGAAGAAAAACCUAGAUGUAUGUAUAUAUAUAUGCAUGUGCGUGUCUGUGAAGUGUGACCAAAGUGUAAGUAGGAGUAGCAAGAUAUCCCUGUUAUCUAGCGUGUUUAUGAGACAGAAAAAGAAACCAGCAAUCCUACCAUCAUGCAAAACAGUUACAGGUUUCUGUUUCACAGUCAUCUGGCAGGAUGGUAGUACUUCCCUGGGUGGUUGCUGUCUACCAACCUACUACCUAACAAAGUAGAUCAAAGUUUUUUUACACAUUUUCAAAUGUAGAAAAACAAAAAGAUGAUCUACUUUUUUUACAUACUUUCAAAUGUUGAAAAAACAUAUGCUAUAUACGUUUGGACCGUUUACGGGUUAAGCCCUAUUUUUCAUAACUCUCAAUGAUUCAUUAAAUCAUAAUUUGCUGUCUUUCUUUGUCCCCUUUCUUGAAAUAUGGGCACUCUGAUUCUGUCUUCUCGUGUGUUACGGAAAUCUUUGUAAAAUUGGUUUAUGGGCUCCUUAUAUUUUAUUUUGUUACUGUGAAUACUGAGAGAGAUUAUCAUAGUUACUUUUUCUCCAAGUUAAUUUAGCAUCAUAUGUACUGAAAAUUUUGAAUUAACAUAAAAAUUUGAUAGGAAGAUUGGAAUUUUAACCUAAAGUCAUAGAUUACCAACUCGUCUGUGGCUCAAUGGCUAACCUGGACAGUUGGGUCAAGUUUUGAUAACCACUGAAUUAUCAUCAUAUGUUGUUUAUACUAGAACAAAAUCACUUUCCAGUGGAAUUUAGAUAGUCUGUUGAAAUUAUUUUUCUCAUUUUUAAGUUUUUUUAAAAAAUAAUAGGUCUAACUUAGGUAUGUUGACUUCUGCCACUCGAGUAGUUCGUUAGAUGUUAUAAAGCAUAAAAAAGCCCAGUGAUCAAAUUUAAUUAACAUUCCAGACUGACUCAAAAUCGUAAUAACAUGAUUGUAAACAAAUCAUGGAAUAGGUAGGGAUGGAACCUAUGGCUGGCCAAGUGGCUGAUGCACUGUCCUGGAGUUUUACCACUCGCCAUAUGUUCAAUUCCUGCCCGUUCCAUGGUUCAUCAGAUUCUUAAGUUACCCAGUAUAUUUCUGUAUGUAGUUUUCCCUUGUUUUAAGCUUUUGUACUUUAUGCAAAUUCAUUUUUAUUUAGUAACCUCAUUUUUACCAGUAAUUCACUAUAUUCAGUAUAAAUUUACUCUUAUGAUCAUCCAAGUCCAGCAUCAGUAUUUGUUAACAUUACCGUUAUUUCUUCAAAUAUCGUUAAACUGGUGUAUCUUGACAUUUAUGAGAAAGAGGAAAGAAAAUAACAGAUUUGAGUGUGGUAAAUCCAACGAGAAGUUUUUGAACGAAGAAAAGCACUCAACCAAGACUAUGGGUGGAUCAAGAGAAAACAGAGAAAUAGGGACAUGUGAAUUUAGAGGUUUGUAAUGCAGAUGCUUCAAUGUGGACUGACUGGCUGGCUGGUUGGUGGUAUAUCAAAAAUAAAACAGGAGAAUUACGAUUGCAUUUUAGAUUUAAUUUUUCUCUUUUUCUUACCAAAUGCAUUUACUUUUGCUAUAUGACCAUUUGAAUCUGUUGUAUGCUCAUAUUUUUUUGGUACUAAUAAGAAUGAAAAUGUGUGUUAUGGUAACUGUACCGGGAGAAUGAUUGAAUUUUAAAUUUUACUCGUUUAGUUACUUAUGGACCAAAUUAAAUUUCGUAUUCCAUUUUGUACAUGUGUGUUAAGGUUUUUUUGGGGGGGAAACAUUUGUCAAUGAAUGGAAUUUGCCAGGUUUUUGAAACAUUUCUGUAUAUAUUAGGUUCACUUUAUGCGCCAUAAGCUAGAAACUCGUCCAUUGCGUACUGCAAGAGAUACCUGUACUGUAGGCAAAAUCCCAGUUAUAAUUAUUUUCCUAAUCUCUUCAUUAAUAUUGUAGUUCCUUUUGUAUAUUUUACAAUCCCUUAUUUAUCUUGUUAAAGAUUUUUCUCUCCCUCUCUUAUUUAUAUUUAAACUGCUAUGUACAGUGGACCCCCGACUUACGAACAUCUCCCAACUCGAACAGUUAUGUAAGUGUAUUUUUGGGGGUCUGAAAUGGACUAAUCUAAUUUAUGGGAGCAAAUUCGUUUGGUAACAGCACUCGAACAGCCUUCUGGAAUGAAUUAAUAUCGUAAGUCGGGGGUCCACUGUAUUUGCAUUUACUACCUGAGGUUUUGUUAUUGUUUGUUAUGUGUAUGUUAGUGUGUGUAUAUUGUAUGCAAAAUGUUUAUUUUACCUUUACCAUUUUAAGUAAUUUCAUAACAGUGUUUAUAUUUCUGAAGUGUUCGGGUUAUUAGUGUUUAAGUUACUGUAAGUGUUGUACUUAGCUUUUGUAGUUCAUUUGAUUAGAGCUUUUGCUUAGGAAUUGUUUUGUAAUUUUCUUCUUUAUAUUCGCUUUUAUUGUAAUUGUUUACACCGCUUUAUAUUUUUUGCAGUAAUAUACUACAAAAGUGGCUUACUGCUGUUACCUUACACACACAUAUGGGGGAAGGUGUCUUGGGGUCUGCUUGGACAACCAAAUCUUUCUACCUUAGGGAUUAGAACACUGCUUCCUAAGUUAGGAGUAGUGAUGAUGUUCACCUAAAUAGAAUGUACAUGGGUACAAUGUAUAGGAAAUGUGGAUUGAUAACUUCUCUGCAUUUAUAUGUUGAAUUCACUUGAUAAAGCAUCAGAAUAAGUGAUAUAUAUAUGUACUGUUAAAAUUUGGAUCAGUCUGACCUCAACAUGAAGGAUAACUUAAGGAAAUUAGUGUAAUGAAGUAUUCAGUAUUGUAGAUUAAUUUUGCUUGAUUAAUUUGAAAUUUGCAUAUUGUUUAUCUGUCACGUUUAAAAAACAAAUAAUUAUCUUUUCAAUAUGGUAAACUAACAGUUUAAUAAAUUAAUAGGGGAAAGUGCCUGGUAAUGGAGAUUGUGGCGGACAGUUCUGUAAACAACGGAUUUUGUCCCAUAUUUUUCAAGGACAUAAGAAUUGAAGAACACUGCAGCAAGCCUACUGACCCAUACUAGGCAGGUAUUUCUCAAAAUCAACCAUUCCUAGCCAUCUAAUUGUCUAACCUUUUCCCAAAGCCACCCAAGAAUUUGCAUCAGGACUUCAGGUACUAAUCAAACCCAGUCCUUCCCACUCAUAUAUAUGUCUAAUUUCUUUUUUCAGCUCCAAAGUUUUAACUUGUCACUCAACAACAACUCUGUUUAAAAACCAUUUUGUAAAAUCAAGUUUGGUUAAAUUGAAGAUAUAAUGCCAGUGUAUAAACAUUAAGGAGCUGUAAUAGGAAAAUACAAGGAAGGACCUGAUUACUGUAGGUGCUACAGGAUAUAACAUGUUGGUUACACUGAGAGGAUAAAUUUAGGACAUGAGCUACAUUGACUAAAAAGGGUGGUCGGACAGAUCUAGGGCCGGAUGUUAUGAGGUCAGAUACUGCAUUUUUUGUUUAAUGUAGAGCAUACUAUACACAAAUGGUGUUAAAUUUAACUAGGCCAGAAGCAAGACGAGAGUUGUAGAUGGAUAGCACAUUAGAGAAUUAAUGGGGUAUUGCUAUGAAUGAAAUGCUGAAAGACACAAUGAACAAAUUGUGGAUACAGGAUCAGAGCUCUGUUUGUGGUGUCCCAUUUUUAGUAUUCAGUCUCAUAAAAUUAUUGAAGGUUUUAGUGAUCUCAAGACACUAUGCAUAAACAUGGACUUUCCAUGUCAGGGAUUAGCAGAUUGUUAGUCCUUUGUUGUAACACCUGUUUACUUUCUUAGAAAACAUUUAUUAUUAAUUAUUAUUAUUAUUAUUAAUUAUUAUUAUUAUUAAUUAUUAUUAUUUUACUGUGUAAUGUGGUAUACUGUACAAGUCAUUGAUUCAUCAAUUCAUGGGGGAAAAAAAUUUAAAAUGAAUGGCUGUGUUAUCAGUUUGGCUUGUAAUUGUCUGUUUUAAUAAAAAUGAGUGAAAAUUA